AUACCAGCCAAUUGGUCCUGCAUCCCUUCAGUUUAUUUUAGACAGUACUGUUAGUGACCGUACUGUCUGUAUAGUUCAUUAUUGCGGUGGGAAAGGAGACCCGGUUUUGUAUUCAUUAUUAGUCUUUUAAAGUAGCUGUACUCGUACAGUAUAAUCUUAAACUGCACCAGUACCCUAUCAUGUCUCAUUUUGACGUCCCGACACUUCAAACCAACUUAAGAGGGUUACAGAAGCUGCAGCAAGUGACCCACAGGGAGGCGUCGUCAACCACACCCACUUCAAAGGAACAGACCGAUGGCUCUAAAUCUCCAUUGUCAAGGUCUCCGUUAUUUCGUAAGAAGUCCAAUCCGUCUGUAGAUACCUCGAGUUCUUCAGCAAAACCUCCAGGGACUCAUUCUCCGGCUAACAGGUCUCCCAACCCAGCUGGAGCUGAGAGACGGAAAUAUCAGGACAUGCCGGUAUCAGGUGAGGGCGGGGUCACUGGGAGUGGCCAAAGACGACAAUCUGCAUAUUCAAAAGGAAGCAAAGAAUAUAAGGAACAGAAGAAGAGUCCUGAUGCCGGUAUGGGAACGAGUCCUGGUGGUAUGGGAAUCAGUACAGGAAUGAGUCCUAGUUGUAUCGGUACAGGAAUGAGUCCUGGUGGAAUGGGAAUGAGUUCAGAUUCAGCUCCCGAAAUGAGUUUGAUAACUGUCAUGGACUUGGAAGUGUCUUUAUCACAGAAGAGAUACUAUUACGAGAAACCACUUGAUAUCGCUGAGUCCAUUCAGUUGCUUGAGCGGGAGGAGCAGAUGACACGAGACUCUGGCCAUGAAUAUUAUGCACAUCCUUUUGGUAUUAGCACCGGAACCAGUGAUGCUACUAAAAAUCCCAGACCCAAAACACCUCCACCAAAACCAUACAGAAAGAGAAAUAACAGUGGCACUGAUGAAUCUCCUCCUAUUCCUCCUCCUCUACCUGAUGCAAACCAAAAAGCUGUCUCUCCUACUAAAACCAAGUCAAAAUUUUCUUUUUUUGGUUCGUCUCGAAAGAUCUCAGAACCCUCCGGCCCUCAGGUCUCUCCUAAGCUAACUCGUUCCAACACUGCUAAUGAUGGCAUUGGAUCAGGACUGCCUCAUUCAAGGAGUGACGAUAAGCUCAGUAAUAAGAGUAAAGGAGCCGUGGGGAACUUAAUUGAUAAAAUCAGAAGAAGUCCUAUUUCAAAACGUAAAUUCCCAAAUGAUGACGUUGCUCCUGUUGAACCAGUCAAACCAGACAAACGAGAUUUUGAUCAGAUUAGUGUCAGUGUAGUCAGCGAGGCUGGUGUGUUGAAGACCAAUUAUCCACCAUUGCAUACAGUGUCUGCCAGAAGCAUUGGUGACUUACUGAAGGAUCCUAACAUAGACCCGAAUGCUCGUGAAGAUGAGAAUGAUCGUACUGCCCUUCACUGGUACGUUUCAAAACCGAGGCAGUCUCGACACACUCUCCUGUACAAGUGUAUUCAAAGCGGACGAGACUUUGAUUUGAACGCUCAGGAUAAGUAUGACAACACUCCUCUACACAUUGCAGCUGAGAAAGAUGAUAUUCAAUAUAUUCGUGUUCUUGUUGCAUUCGGAGCUCUUCUCUUUUGCAAGAACUACCAGGGGAAAUUCCCUUAUCAAUUAGCCCCACCCAAUUCUCCAAGUUAUGAGUUUCUGACGGAAUUCAGAGAACCACUACUGAAUGGACCUUUUUCACUAGCUAACCUCCCCAGCGAGGACUGCACUGCUUCUCUGAAUAUUGAUGAGUUGAGGAACCAGACGAUAGGAGAGCUAAUGAAGCCCCAGUCUAUGGCAAUGCUGGCAAGAAUGAUCGAUGAUGACAUGGUGAAGGCCGAGAGAGAGUUCCAUGAUGCCCCCGUGGGGCCUGGAGAAGAUAUGCUCUCUUUUAACAGCGCCAGAACCCUUGAGGAGAGAAGUGCGGAUGCUGCUCGGACCCAGCAGAGGUAUUACUUGAACGGUUGGAAGAAAACAGCCGGUAGCAGGGUACUGUUCCUUGACGGAGGCGGCAUUAGAGGACUGGUUCAAAUUGAAGUACUAAUGGAGCUGGAGGAGAGGACCGGCUGUAAAGUAACGGAGCUUUUUGAUUGGAUCGUUGGGAACAGCACAGGUGGCAUUGUAGCUCUAGGAUUAGUAUAUGCUGGUAAGACCCUGUCUCAAAUGAGACAGCUCUACAUGCAAAUGAAGUCAAAGGUUUUUGAAGGAGCUGGGAAUUUUGCCAGCGCAUUUCUGGGCAUGAAGAACAAUACAGAAAAAAUGGAGAAAAUAUUAAAAACAGAAAUAGGAGAGAAACUGUUGAGCAGUGUCCAGCAACCUAGAGUGAUGAUUGCUACAGUCAAUACAGAGUGUAUUCCAAUUAAAGUUCAAUUUUUUACAAACUUCAUGCCUGAACCAGCAGAACUUUAUGAUGUACCAGUGUGGAAGGCAGCCAGAGCUACAAGUGCAGCUCCGAUAUUCUUUGAACCUUUUGAAGGGAAAUAUGUCGACGGAGGAGUAAAGGCCAACAAUCCUUGUAUGGAAGCACUGCAAGUCAUCAAGGAGUACGACAGGAGCAGGAACCAUCCAGAGAGACACUUCCUUCUGACGGUCUCCAUCGGGACUGGUAUUUAUCCUAAACAAACCAUGCUGAGUAUUGAUAUGAGGAAGAACUUCUGGGCAAAAAUGCAACACUUGAAGCAACUAGUGGACAUGUUUGUUGAUGCUAUCAGUGACUCUGAAUCAGCAGCAAAGGGUUUUGAGGAAUGGUGUAAAGGGAUGAGAGUCCCAAUACCUUUCUACAGAUUCAGUCCUCAACUUGACGAGGCGAUAUCACCUGGUGAAACGAGUGACGAGAAACUCGUUGAUCUGAUCAUUAAAACAAAAUUAUACUUAACACAAAAAGAGGUUUCUGAUAGUUUGGAUAAGUUGGUUGCUACUUUUAAGAGCCUUUCAAAGCAAUCAAUGGUGGGCCAGUCACUCCAGCCACCUAGACACAGAUGACCAUGCAGUUAUUGCAGUCCAACUAGACUAGUAUUAAUAGCUUGAUUUAUAUACUCUCUCUCUCUCUCUCUAUUAAUUGGUGAUAGGUUAACUCUCUUGGACUAUUAUGCAUAUAAAUGACCCAUUGAUUGCUAUUCUUUGUAUUUUUGUAUCUGACAUAUUUGUAAUAAUUGUUUUAGUGAAUGGAAUUUUAAUAAGCUGUA